AUCAAACAGAAGAAGAGGACCCAUUGGCUCUGAGGAGUUGAUGACGAAGGGAGCGCACUGUCUUCUCCAGUGCGUCCACUCCUCACACACUCACACACCGCACCUCCGUCCGGUGGGAUGACUCCAGUGUGUGUCGGACUGGGAUAACCUCACUGUGUUGAACUUUUUUUUUUUCCCCCUUUCCUCUGAUGUUGUGUUGUUUUUAUUUUUAGGGGUGUGUGUGCGCUGCGACCUGUUCGGACGAGCGCGUUUUUCUCUCCAGGAGCGCGCAGCAGUGUGCCAUAAUACCAUAGUCGCCGUAUACGCACACGUUUGGAACAAAAACAGCUCAGUGCAGAGGGGUGCAGCGCAGGCAGGUUUCCGUUUAAAAAGCAGCAGGAGAAGCAGGAGAGUUGCGGAGUCGCUGGGGGAAAACCGGUUUGUAGGUGCGCGUGAAGAAACGGACACUUCUUCUAAAAAAAAACAAAAAAAAAAAACACGCGCUUUGGUUUUGACAACAGAUCACCGGAGGAAACUUGGAUAUGGCUGGUGGGAAGAUGUUCGACCUUCUCGUUGGAGUUGUUUUAGUUUUGCAGUGUCUGGGAAAUGCCCAAGCCAGUGACGGGGUGUCUUACUCAUAUGUGCAUGGACAGCUAGGAGAUGAAGACGCAGACGUGGACGUGAAGCUCUACAGUCACAGGUGGAGGAGGUGGCUCCCUCCAAAGUCUCGAGAUAUGGACAGUAACAGGGCCAGUCAAGAGCAGGACCAGAAGACAGAGCCGGAAGAGCCUGACGGAUUCCCGGGUCUGCUGUCUGCAGAGGAAACAGACAACAGCUCCCAGAUAGAGGAGGACACAUAUCACAACUACUACACAUCCAAAACAUACAACCCGUCAGAUCCGAUGAGCAAGGAUUUGUGGGUAAAUAUUGACCAGAUGGACAAGGAAAAAGUGAAGAUCCACGGGAUUCUGUCGAACACACACAGGCAGGCUGCGAGAGUUAAUCUGUCCUUCGAUUUCCCUUUUUAUGGACAUUUCCUGCGUGAAAUCACUGUGGCAACUGGUGGCUUCAUCUACACAGGUGACGUAGUCCAUCGGAUGUUAACUGCUACCCAGUACAUCGCUCCUCUAAUGGCCAACUUUGACCCAAGUGUUUCCAGGAACUCCACAGUCAUCUACUUUGACAAUGGUACUGCUCUGGUGGUGCAGUGGGACCACGUCCACCUACAGGACAACUACAACCUGGGCAGCUUCACCUUUCAGGCCACGCUCCACAACACUGGCAGGAUUGUGUUUGCAUACAAAGAGAUCCCCGUUGAGGUGUCACAGAUCAGCUCUGUCAAUCACCCUGUUAAGGUGGGCCUGUCUGAUGCCUUUGUGGUGGUCCACAAGAUCCAGCAGAUACCCAAUGUGAGACGGAGGACAAUCUACGAGUACCACCGUGUGGAGCUGACAAAGACGAGGAUCACUAAUUCUACAGCAGUCGAAAUGAUGCCUCUACCAACCUGUCUCCAGUUUACCAGCUGCAGCUCAUGCAUCUCCUCACAGAUCAACUUCAACUGCAGUUGGUGCCAUCGCCUCAACAGAUGUUCCAGUGGUUUUGACCGUCAUCGACAGGACUGGGUGGACAACAGCUGUCCAGAUGAGACCAAGGACAAGUUGUGUGACAUCAUUGACACAACAUACCUGUACCCGUUCACCACAACAGUCGUUGCCAAAACAACGUCAAGAAGCAAAGACGCCACUGCAGACAGGGAAACACCUACUUCCCACCCACCCACCAGUGUCCCCACUGAAGAUGAUACCAAGAUCGCACUGCAUCUCAGAGACAACCAGGCGAUGCCAGCAGACAACUCUGUGGACCGGACACCGGGGACACACCCCCAGCACACCGGCCUCAUCCUGGGCAUUCUCCUGGUCAUGCUCAUCAUGGUCGCUGGCGUGUUGGUCACUGUCUACAUCUACCAUCACCCCACCUCCGCAGCCAGCAUCUUCCUCAUCGAGAGACGCCCCAGCAGGUGGCCGGCCAUGAAGUUCCACCGGGGGGCGGGGCAUCCGGCCUACGCUGAGGUGGAGCCGGUGGGCCAGGAGAAGGAGGGAUUCAUCGAGUCCGAGCAGUGCUGAGGGAGGAGGGGGCGGACGCAGCACCGCAGCCCCCCCACCCCACCCCUCCUGUACCAGCCCUCCUCCCUCUUAGUGGGACUCGUUUGACACCGGGACCCCGCCGGACCCGCCUGCAGAGGAGCUCAGCGUACACAAUGACUAGUUCAGACUGCAGAAUGGGCCCAUUAGCACUAGAUGAACCUGGAUACAGCAGCCGACGAUACGGGGGAGCGAGAAAACCCUGAGAACUGACCCCCGACACUGUUCAGCUCCUGGUGGGGAGGGGCUGACCCACUGGGGGACCGAGGCUUUGACGUCAUCCGCUCAGUCCACAUUGGCUCAGAGUUUGUAGGGCUGCUCUGGAGGGACUGUACAGCCUGACUGCCUGGACUGCUACUGGUGGGAGCAGGGGGAAUUAUACAUGAUAUAUUUUCAGAAACAAUACAGAGUAUGUGAACAGAGAUUUCCACUUUAUUGUCGGUGGGGUUAUACAGUAUAGGCCUUCGUAUAUCCAUCAGGUUUUGACUUGUUUUCCUUUUUCUUUCAGUGCGUUGUUUUGCCAGGGUUUAGGCACGUGUAUCUGUACAGAGCGUGGGUAUUGCUUUUCGAUACCGUCGCUGGUUUUAAUUGACUUUUCCAAAGCCUGUUGUGCACAGUGAGACUGUGGCUGUGCUAAACUCCCGUCGCUACGAUUGAUCGCGGCUCGGAGUGCAGCUCUGAACAUUCAGCGUCGGUGUGGAAUUAGUUUGUGGCGGUUGACUGGAGUUUCAUUUUCUGAAAAUGAAGUGUAGGAUGUUUUUUUUUUCUUUUUUUUGUGUGUUCACUGAAUAUCGGUGACCUUUUUUUGUGUAAUGGGUGAUGGGCACACUCUUCUAUCUUCUUUGUUUGAUUGAUUCUUUGACUCAUUACAUUUUUUUUUUUUCAUUACUGCCGUGCCAUUUUGUCCCUGACUAGAGUUUGCACAAUUUUUUCCAUGCACAUUUUCUUCUUUUUUUUUUUUUUUUUUUCAUUUGACAUGUGGUACUAAUGCAAAAUUACAAGACAGGCGCUUGUGAGUGUAUGCUGAAUAUAUUUUCUAAAGUGUAGGUGAUUCUUUUGUGUGUGUGUGUGUGUGUGUGUGUGUGUGUGUGUGUGUACCUGCUUUAUGGGUGCAUUUGUUUGAGCUGGCUCUGCACAGGUGAUUCUUUUCGACACACUGGUCUGGUUUGGUUGAAUUUACAGUGUGAUUUUCCUUUUCCAGUACGUUGCCACAAUAAACAUCGACUUAGUCUGUGUCCAUGUUAACGGUUCCAUCCAUGUCAACACAUUAAUGUACUGUAUAUACCGAGGCCAAAACAUUUGCAGAUUCAGGUAACUCAUGGCAAACAUCUUUAGUAUAGCACUAUAGAACUGAUUAAAAGAAAAUCUUUUUUUAUUUUUUAUGAGUGGCCUUUCUUUUGCUACUUUUUUACUCAAAUGUGAAUACUGUUCCAAUCAUUGCUGUCACAGAUUAGCACACAAAUCCAACUCAUUUCCGCUGAUCGAUACACUUCGAAAAACCAUAAAAGUUACGUUUUACACCAAUGAUUAUCGACUCAUUUUUAAAAGACGCUCAAUAUCCUGGAAAUUCUACUGAAAAAAUAGAACGUGCAAUACUACACCCAUUCAGUUUGACACUGAAAAUGCAUGAAAAUAAUCCUCGUCAUCUGUUCUUUUUUUAAAAAUUCUUUCACAAUUACAUCAAGACCAAAGACUAAUCAGCAUCAGAGUGAGCUUAUUUUCAGAUAUUUACCUCAGCGUCACUACUCGGUAUCCACAUCGUACCAGUUAGAGGUUUACUGGUUGUAGUGGCAUUUUGCAGCCAUUUGCGGUGCAUUAAAACCACUGCACGAUUUUAUUUGACAUCUUUCAUCUUGAUGCAAUGAAAUCAUUUCCAUCCUCCAAAUAGUUGCGUUAACAGAUCAGCUAUAAUCUUCACACCCAAAGAUGCACAUACGAGUUAGGUACAAAUAUCCGAUUCUAGGACUCACUGGCUGUUUUAAUGCUUCUCAGCCUGUUUUUUAUAAGUAGUUCUGAUGUGGUCUCAUUGGUGUCAAAGCAGGGUUUGUGCCAAAAUGUACAAACCUCUAAGUUUUUAAACCUUCCUUUACGACAGUUCAUAAAGUCCUAAAACUGCAGAAGGUUUUAGCUUAGCGGGCUAAUGGCUUUUCCAUACCUUCAGACAGAUAUGUUUUAAUAUUAGGACUGAACCCUGUGGAGAAAUGCUCUUUGCAAGUACUCGGAACAUCUGUUAUUUGUACACUACCACCUGAAACUGCAAGUGUUUUAAUAACCACUGUCACAAAUGCAGUCAGAGGAAGUGGCUGACAGUCGGAUUUGUUUGUGUUAGGUACGUCUAGAAACACCAGGAGGUUUCUAGCUGCAAAGUCUUCACUCGCUUCACUGGACUCAACUAACUGCUUCCACUCCCACUCUCUAUAGCGUGUUCUCCCAGAUGAUGAAAAACGGCGCAGUGGUGUUGUUACGAUGUGUAACCGCUGUGAGCUGUCGGUUUUUUUCUGACAUACGACGUGGCCCGUGCACCGUGAAGUCACACAGACGAGAGUUAAAGAAACGUAAUGAUUUGAGCUGUGACCUUGUUUGGCUCUGGUUUGAUCCUGACACUCUACAGCACACAACGGGAGUCCAAAUCAUACAGUAUCAUAGCGGUCUGUCAUUUCUGUAACUGUUUGAUUACUUUGAUUUGAAAUAAUAAACAAUGUUGUUUAAAGAGA